UCACAAAUCACGUUGAGCCAAAACGCAUCCAGUGUUUUCUUCAGUUACAAGUAAAAUGAAUAUGUCCAUGCUGCUACCACAUCCUCACCAGCAUUUCCUAAAAGGCCUUUUAAGAGCACCUUUCCGAUGUUACCACUUCAUCUUUCACUCAAGUACUCAUCUUGGAUCAGGAAUCCCAUGUGCUCAGCCAUUUAAUUCUCUUGGAUUCCAUUGUACAAAGUGGAUGCUGCUGUCAGAUGGUUUAAAGAGAAAAUUAUGUGUACAAACAACCUUAAAGGACCACACAGAAGGACUUUCUGAUAAAGAGCAAAGAUUUGUGGAUAAACUUUAUACUGGUUUAAUCCAAGGGCAAAGGGCCUGUUUAGCAGAGGCCAUAACUCUUGUAGAAUCAACUCACAGCAGGAAAAAGGAGUUAGCCCAGGUGCUUCUUCAGAAAGUAUUACUUUACCACAGAGAACAAGAACAAUCAAAUAAAGGAAAACCACUAGCAUUUCGAGUAGGAUUGUCUGGGCCCCCUGGUGCUGGAAAAUCAACAUUUAUAGAAUAUUUUGGAAAAAUGCUUACUGAGAGAGGGCACAAAUUAUCUGUGCUAGCUGUGGACCCUUCUUCUUGUACUAGUGGUGGAUCACUCUUAGGUGAUAAAACCCGAAUGACUGAGUUAUCAAGAGAUAUGAAUGCAUACAUCAGGCCAUCUCCUACUAGAGGAACUUUAGGAGGCGUGACAAGGACCACAAAUGAAGCUAUUCUGUUGUGUGAAGGAGCGGGAUAUGACAUAAUUCUUAUUGAAACCGUUGGUGUGGGUCAGUCGGAGUUUGCUGUUGCUGACAUGGUUGACAUGUUUGUUUUACUACUGCCACCAGCAGGAGGAGAUGAGUUGCAGGGUAUCAAAAGGGGUAUAAUCGAGAUGGCAGAUCUGGUAGCUGUAACUAAAUCUGAUGGAGACUUGAUUGUGCCAGCUCGAAGGAUACAAGCGGAGUAUGUGAGUGCACUGAAAUUACUCCGCAAACGUUCACAAGUCUGGAAACCAAAGGUAAUUCGUAUUUCUGCCAGAAGUGGAGAGGGGAUCUCUGAAAUGUGGGAUAAAAUGAAAGAUUUCCAGGACCUCAUGCUUGCCAGUGGGGAGCUGACUGCCAAACGACGGAAGCAACAGAAAGUUUGGAUGUGGAAUCUCAUUCAGGAAAGUGUGUUAGAGCAUUUCAGGACCCAUCCCACAGUCCGGGAACAGAUUCCACUUCUGGAACAAAAGGUUCUCACUGGGGCCCUGUCCCCAGGACUUGCAGCAGACUUCUUGUUAAAAGCUUUUAAAAGCAGAGACUAAUAAAAUUCAUCCUGUGUAAUAAUUUUACAUAUCAUUUCAUAAAGUAUUUUAAUAGAAAAA